CAAAUUUUCUCAGCUGUUGUUUACAUUUUUGUGUUACUUUUUUGAACAAUAGGAAUUUUCUUAAAUAUUUAUCUCAUUAGAUAAAAUAUUGUGAUUGUUUUAUAAGCUGCUGUAAUGAACUUGGUUUUAUAUCCGUAAAAUAAUAAAACUUAUCCUUUUGUUUUGAUUUGCAAUCAAUAUUUUUCGUAAAUGUCUGUGUCUUUGUGCGUUUUGCGAAUUGAAAUUGACGAAGAUCUACCUGAAAUGGGCGAUAAUCCUGCUGAAAUAGAAGCCGCCAAGGAGCAGAAAAAGAAGGACCGUGGCGCUCGUGAAUCCAAGACAAUAACAGUGGAGACAUACGCAAGCGUAUUGUCUGGUCCCAACAAUAAAACUGGGAUCCUGCCCACGAGCUCCCGUCGCUCGCCUCCAGAAGGCAGCAGUAUAUCGGAAGACGAUGACACUAUAAGCUUCUUUUGUGGGAAUCCACUGGUAGAAGUCACGAAGGGAGUACUGCAUUUGUAUAAAGAAAAUGAGUUCAAAGAAGCAGAGGAAGCCAAGACCCUCUGCCUGCUGUCAGUGCCGGGAGCGCUGGGCGCUCCGGACCUGCUGGCGUUUGCUGCGGCCUGCCAGCAAGAUAUUGCUCACGUGAGAGUCCUGAGAGACGGGUCUCCGGACCAUUAUAUGGCAUUGUUAACAUUCCGAACAUACCAAGCUGCCCGAGAGUUCCACGAGACGUUUGAUGGUGUCCCAUACAGCAGCUUGGAGCCCAACGCUCUGUGCCACAUGGCCUGGGUGUCCCGAGUGGAGUGGGCGCGCGACGGGACCCCGCCGCCUUCCCACACCGAGCUGCCGACGUGUCCUGUGUGUUUAGAGCGUAUGGACGAGAGCGUGGCGGGCGUGCUGAGCGUGCAGUGCGCGCACGCGUUCCACGCCGCGUGCCUGGUGCGCUGGCGGGACGCGCGCUGCCCCGUGUGCCGCUGUGCGCAGACGCCCGAGCCACGCGCCAGUGCCAGCUGCUUCCAGUGCGAGCUGCAGCAGGAAGAAGACGGCGAGGAGACUCGCGACAACAUCAGCGGCGUCGCGGAGGGACUUUUGGACGGCGUAGAGGCCGGCACACUCUGGAUCUGCCUCAUCUGCGGACACGUCGGCUGCGGCAGGUACGAAGGAGGUCACGCAGCGAAGCAUUUCUUAGCGUCGAACCACACUUACGCGUUGCAGUUAGGAUCUAACAGAGUCUGGGAUUAUGCAGGCGACAACUUCGUACACCGUCUGGUGCAGAACAAAGCAGACGGCAAACUGGUGGCGGCGGACGGCGCGGCGCCCGACGCGGCCUGCGGCGGAGAGAAGCUGGACUCCGCGCAGCUGGAGUUCACCUACAUCCUCACGCAGCAGCUCGACAGCCAGCGGACCUACUACGAGGGCCGCAUCGCCAAGAUCGAAUCCGAGCACUUGGCGGAAUGUUCCGCGCUACGGCGGCGUGCAGACGAGGCGGAGGCGACGUCGUCGGCGCUGCAGGAGUCGCUGAGCGGGCUCGCGAGAGAGAAUAAGGCGCUGGAGAAAAAGCUGCUCCAAGUCACCAGCAAACUGUCAGUGCUACAAAACGAGUUAUCGGACGAGCGUGGUUUAGCGGCCGCUCUGGCCAGCAGCCAGGCCGAGUGGCAGAGCCGCGCUAAACUCCGCGAGGACAGCUUCGUCAAGGAGGUGGCCGAACUAAAAGAGCAGCUGCGCGACGUGAUGUUUUUCGUGGAAGCCCGGGGACAGCUGGAGCAGGCGGCCGGCGGCGAGGAGCUGGCCUCCGCAGCAGUCAGCGUGGCGCCGCCGCCGCCCGCGCGCCGCCGCCGCGCCAGGCACCACGCCAAGAACGAGCGCGUCAUCGACAACUAGACUCAUACCAACACCCAAGAACAUCGCGGUGAC